GACUUCCACCAACCAAUCAAUAUGCGCGCUCUUCUUGCCGCUCUAUGUCGCUCCGCCCUGAGCUCGCUGGUCCCAGAAGGCGCCGGGUUUCCCAAGAUGGCGGCCGACGUGUCCGUUACUCACCGGCCGCCGCUCAGCCCGGAGGCGGAGGCCGAAGCGGAAACUUCCGAGACCGCCGAUCGCCGAGCGCCUGAACAAGAGCUGCCGCCGCUCGAUCCGGAAGAGAUCCGGAAACGCCUGGAACAUACUGAGCGCCAGUUCCGUAACCGCCGCAAGAUACUGAUCCGAGGCCUCCCGGGGGACGUGACCAACCAGGAAGUACACGAUCUUCUGAGCGACUACGAACUCAAGUACUGUUUCGUGGACAAAUACAAAGGGACAGCUUUAGUGACCCUGCUGAAUGGAGAGCAGGCUGAAGCUGCCAUCAACGCCUUCCACCAGAGCCGCCUUCGAGAGCGGGAGCUGUCAGUUCAGUUGCAGCCUACAGAUGCUCUGUUGUGUGUGGCCAACCUGCCACCCAGCCUGACCCAGGCACAGUUUGAAGAGCUGGUGCGGCCCUUUGGCAGCCUGGAGCGCUGCUUCCUAGUGUACAGUGAGCGGACAGGUCACUCUAAGGGCUAUGGCUUUGCAGAGUACAUGAAGAAAGACUCGGCUGCCAGGGCCAAGUCUGAUCUGCUGGGUAAGCCACUGGGCCCCCGCACACUGUAUGUGCAUUGGACAGAUGCUGGGCAGCUGACCCCUGCCUUGUUGCACUCCCGGUGCCUCUGUGUGGACCACCUGCCACCUGGCUUCAAUGAUGUGGAUGCCCUGCGCCAGGCACUGUCAGCGGUCUAUACCCCCACCUUCUGUCAGCUGGCAUGUGGCCAGGAUGGGCAGCUGAAGGGCUUUGCAGUACUGGAGUAUGAGACAGCAGAGAUGGCAGAGGCUGCACAACAGCGGGCAGAUGGCCUGGCCCUGGGUGGCAGUCACCUUCGUGUGUCCUUCUGUGCUCCAGGUCCUCCUGGCCGCAGCAUGCUGGCAGCACUCAUUGCUGCCCAGGCCACGGCUCUCAAUCGAGGCAAGGGACUCCUGCCUGAGCCAAACAUCCUGCAGCUGUUGAACAAUCUGGGCCCAUCUGCCUCCCUCCAGCUGCUGCUCAAUCCUCUGCUGCAUGGAGGUGCCAGUGGCAAGCAGGGCCUUUUGGGUGCGCCCCCUGCCAUGCCACUGCUCAGUGGACCUGCCCUGUCCACUGCGCUGCUCCAGUUAGCUCUGCAAACCCAGAGCCAAAAGAAGCCUGGGAUCCUAGGAGACUCACCUCUAGGUACUCUCCAGGCCGGGGCCCAACCUGCCAAUUCUCUCCUUGGGGAGCUGUCUGCAGGGGGGGGCCUGGCCCCAGAACUGCCACCCCGCCGAGGAAAGCCACAACCCUUACUACCACCACUGCUGGGCCCUUCUGGGGGUGACCGGGAGCCCAUGAGUCUGGGUCCCCCAGCAUCCCAGCUCACUCCACCUCCAGCCCCUGUGGGGCUCCGAGGCUCCAGUCUCAGAGGCCUCCCGAAGGACAGUGGGCCCCUGCCAACGCCCCCUGGGGUGUCACUGUUGGGGGAGCCCCCAAAGGACUACCGCAUCCCCCUGAACCCCUACCUGAAUCUACAUAGCCUGCUUCCAUCCAGUAACCUGGCAGGCAAGGAGACCCGGGGCUGGGGAGGCUCAGGGAGAGGCCGUCGCCCGGCUGAACCCCCUUUGCCCAGUCCUGCAGUUCCUGGUGGAGGCAAUGGUAACAACAGUGGCAGCAAAGCUUUCCAAAUGAAGUCCCGCCUGCUCAGCCCCAUUGCCAGUAACCGCCUGCCCCCUGAGCCAGGACUGCCUGACAGCUAUGGCUUUGAUUACCCCUCGGAUAUGGGACCUCGACGGCUCUUCUCUCACCCUCGGGAGCCAGCCCUAGGGCCUCAUGGACCCAGCCGACACAAGAUGUCCCCGCCACCCAGCAGCUUCAAUGAGCCUCGGAGUGGUGGAGGCACUGGGGGAUCCCUUUCUCAUUUUUAUUCUGGUUCACCCACCUCCUACUUCACCAGUGGCCUACAGGCUGGCCUCAAGCAGAGCCACCUCAAUAAGGCGGUUGGUUCCUCCCCAAUGGGCUCCAGUGAAGGGCUCCUGGGCCUUGGCCCUGGGCCCAACGGUCACAGCCACCUGCUAAAGACCCCACUGGGCGGCCAGAAACGCAGUUUUUCCCACCUGCUGCCCUCGCCUGAGCCCAGCCCAGAGGGCAGCUACGUGGGUCAGCACUCCCAGGGCCUCGGUGGCCACUACGCGGACUCCUACCUGAAGCGGAAGAGGAUUUUCUAAGGGGUCGGCGCCA